AUGCCCGAAGAAAAUAAACCCAUAAAAGUUAAAAUUAUUAGCAUGGGAGAUGAAGACACGGGAAAGGUUGAUAAAGCACCAAGAGCAGUGAGUUAUUAUGAAGUAUCUGAAUGGGCAGCAAUACAUCAGUAUCCAUACCUUGAAACAUCCGCACUUAGUGGUCAUGGAGUUACAGAAACUUUUAAUACUUUAUUUGAAAGUAUUAUUCAUCCAGAAAUCUAUCAAUCUUAUAUACCAAAUCAUACUCAUUUUCAUCAAAAUUUAAAUAAUCCUACAUAUCAAAAAAUAAAUUCUAUACAUCAUAAUUCAACAAUGAAUAUUCCAAAAUCAAAUUCAAAAUUAAAUCAUUCAUUUAAACAAUUCAAUAUGUCUUCUUCACCAUCAUCAACUGUUUCAUUUAAAACAAAUCAAAAUGAAACAUGUAAAAUGACCUAUCAAAAUCUUUUAGAAAUAAAUCGUAUUAAAAAUGCUAAAAAUAAUUAUGAACGAUUAGGAAUUAGUAUAACAGCUAGUAGCGAAGAAAUUCAAAAAGCAUUUCGUCGUUUAGCCUUUAUUGUACAUCCUGAUAAAAAUAAUACUCCAGGAAGUGAAGAAGCUUUCAAAAUAUUGGUAAAAGCAAAAGAUUCUUUACUUUCAUUAUCAAAUGGAUCCAGUUGGUUCAGUUCUAAACUUUAA